GCACGGGGGAUCGAGGUUUGUUCAUCUCAUCUCAUCUCUCUCUCUCUCUCUCGUGAUAUAUAAACUCUCCUUCCCUUCUUCUCUUUCAUCUUUUCCUUGAUGCUCCCUCCCUUUUUUAAAACGCAUUUUCUUAGCAAAUAAUGUCUCUCUCAACUCUCUUAUAUCUAACAACAGCUCUGCUGGGACUCAGUAGAGCAGAGAUACCGGGGACACCGGAUCUGAGUCUGGGGUUGCAGCAGAUUUUGAGAGAGGCGCAUCAGGGGCCGUUGUAUGAUUAUCCGACGAGUUUGACGCAGGGGAUUGUGCCGAAGGGGAUUCAUUCUCAUAAUGAUUACUGGAGAGACGUCCCAUUCUACUCCGCUUUAUCAGUGGGUGUCAUCUCCACUGAAGCAGACGUCUGGCUCUACAAUGGAACUCUGCACAUUGGGCACGAGGAAAGUGCUCUAACAAACGCACGAACUUUCGAGUCCCUGUACAUCAACCCCAUCCUCUCCGUAUUACAAAGACAGAAUCCCGCGAAUUCGUCAUUUGUGACUUCAAAAACUUAUAAUGGAGUUUUUGAUACGUCGGGUGGACAGACGCUUUAUCUGUUUGUGGAUGUAAAGACGGAUGGCGAGGAGACUUGGCCGUAUGUUGUUAAGGCUUUGGAACCUUUACGUUCAGCUGGAUACCUCUCCUCCACCAACGGCAGCACCUUCACCUCCAAACCCGUAACAGUAAUAGGGACAGGCAACACGCCCCUAAAUCUCGUCCAACCCAUCGCCUCCCGAGACUACUUCUGGGACGGUCCAAUCCCCACCCUCAACAGCACAUUCUCCAACAUUACGUCCCUCGUCUCUCCCAUCGCAUCAGCGGACUUCGCAGCUGUGUUCGGAAACGUCAUUGGCACGAGUUUGAACGACACUCAAUUGGCGCUGCUGAGAGCUCAAGUGAAGACGGCGCAUGAUAAGGGGAUUAUGCUCAGGUAUUGGGAUCAACCUGGUUGGCCGCUUUCGACUAGGAAUGGACUUUGGCGGCAGUUGAGGAGUGAAGGGGUGGAUUUGAUUAAUGCUGAUGAUAUAGAGGCUGCGGCUGGAUUUGGUGAUGAGUGGUAGGUGGUUGAGAGGAUUGAGAUUUGGGAGGUAAUGGUUGUUGAGAAGUGCCAGACGUUACUUGGCGGAGAUAAUCAUUUUUUCCACAAGGCCGUUGUGCUUUUAGAGCAUCAGAUGUGGAAAGUGCCACCCAGGGACACGAGUAGGCUUGAGCAAGUAGCAAACCGCUCCUUCCUCUCUCAUCACUCAAGUUGAUGGAAAACAGUCUUCCACGUUCUCUCUCCCUUCUCUCCUUUUCACAACAUCUUAUCAAUUUACAUUCGCUCGGCAUACAACCAAC